AUGGACUCCUGGAACGCAACUCACGGCUCCCCGGAGCUCAAGUUUGAGAACUCGCCCGCCGAGUCCUUCCUGUCGACACCUAGUGACAUGUACCCUUCGCUCUUCGGCGACUCGGCCGACGCGACAAUGGACCCCUCAGAGAUGAUGAGCCCUUCGUCAUUACAUGAGGACCCUGACCAAGCCGAGCUGGACCUCCUGUCUGGCAUCGCCGCAGACUCUUCCGCCGAUCCCACAACACCUGCGGAGACAGGCUCAGAGAAGAAGCAGACCAAGAAGCGAAAGUCAUGGGGCCAAGUCCUCCCAGAGCCCAAGACCAACCUCCCUCCAAGGAAACGGGCCAAGACAGAGGAUGAGAAGGAGCAGCGCAGGGUAGAGCGGGUUCUCCGCAACCGCCGGGCCGCCCAGUCGUCAAGAGAACGCAAGCGGCUCGAGGUCGAGGCCCUCGAGCAGCGCAACAAGCAGCUCGAGCAGAAGCUCGCACAGUCCCAGGACAUCAUCAUGUCUCUCUUCGAGAAGAUUGAGAAGAUGAGGACAGACAGCGGCGUCGUCUCACGUCAGACUCCUGUCACACUAUCGCAGGAGCUCUUCAGUUCCCAUGAUGCUCUGUCAGCGGUGAUACCAAACGUCACAUCGCAGGAGAGGAAGCAGUCGCUAGUCGAUGAGCUGCUCCGAUCUACCCAAUCCCAGACCACAGUCAACCCGGCGUCAAUCUCGCCCGCCCUCAGCCCCGUCGCCGACGAGGCUCCGAGCCCCGCGCCGGAGCAGCUCGACGCCCUCAAGACGGCAACAACAAGCUCAGCGAGCACCAGCGCAGACAACAUGGCUGCCGACGUCUCCCCCGACCUGACACAACAUCCUGCCGAGGUGUUGUGCUCCGACCUGCAGUGUCGGUCGGCGGAGGCGUCGCGGCCCUCGCCCAGUGGUGGUCUCCUCCAGCAGGACCCCCUGGAUGUCGUCCCCGGCGCUGGCGCUCUCGUGGCAGCUCACGCUGCUGCUGACGUCAACGACAGCGAUCUUUUCGGCCUUCCAGCGGCCCUUGACGCUGAUAGCUAUGUCCUUGAAAGCGGGCUUCUCUCUUCCCCCAACAGCUCUGAUUUUGAACACGAUUAUCUGGUUGGUGACGCGGCCUUCCCUCUCGCGUCGUCGACGACAGGCUUCGACCUCUUCGACAUCAACGAGUACCUCAACAGCAACCUCUCAGCCAACCCCGACGAGUCGCAACAGCACUUUGGCGCUGUCGGUCCCUCGGCGAGCAACGGCAACAUCAUCGGCUUCGGCGUUGAGCUCAACCCCCUCGACGACCCUGAGGCUUCGCCUUCUCCGGAAGAUCCUAACCUGCAGCCCCAGCUUGGCGCGUCCUCUAUCGGAUGCGACGCUGUCGGCCUUGCGGUUGGUGCAAUCUGA